CCUCGCCAUUAUUAAUCCCAGUCAUGACAUGCAACCGCGUCACCCCACUUUCUGAGUUGUUUCGGUAUCGGCGCGCACCAGGCAGCAAAUCUCGCCCACCGGCCGCGGCUCCUCGCUCCUGUUUACUUGGCUUCCACGCGUCACAUGAAUAUUUCCUGCCCCGGGUUGUAGGAGAAGCUCUUGCAGAGCAUAACCUGAACUGGCCGGCCCGGCGGCCACUCGCCCGCCCCCCCCCUCUCUCAGCUACUAUUGCGGGGCUCUUUCUCUUUUUCUCCUUUUGAAACAAAAGCAAGGCUGGUCGCCGUGGCGAGCCUCCCAACGGCCUCUCCUUUUAAAAAGCGCCGCGCUAAAGAGACCAGCAUCCCGCCCUUCUGGGUUUUGCCGCGUUUGCUGGCGAGGCCGAAGGUAAGAGUUUGGCCGAGUGCACACGACUCUUCGCCCUGGGGCUGCCCACCGAUUAUUUCCUAGACAGCAGCCAGACUCGCUGCAAAGGAAAGGAGGAGAAAGGCGUGCACCUUGAAAACAGCCGGUAACCCAUCCUCGAAAUCCCCGUCCAGGUGGCGGCUGGGAGAGGCGCUUUCCCGGCGGGUGCCGGUGCCCUUCGUGUGCAAUGGGGAAGACAGGACAAUAGGAAGGAGGCAGAGAAAAGCGGGCGCCCUUCGCCCACCCCAGCGACAAACGGAUCGCCUUUCCGAGGGAUGCUGCGAAAGUGAAGACUCGGAGCGGCCGAUAUCAACGGAGCCUCUCGCCGGGCCCUGGUUCUCCUCUGCUGCAGAGCUGCAGGUCCCUGCGGGCGGCGGUCAGAUGGCCUGGGGCAGCCGCCGGGAGGUCUGGUAAGGACCCGUUGUUCCUUACUUUCCUCCUCACGCCGUGGUCUCUGCCCCCAAAUGACCCUGCGCUCGGCCGAAUCUUCGGAUGGCACCGACAGGGCUGGGCCCCAGUGGGAAGCUGGAGGAGCUUCGGCGGAACCUGCUGAAGGGGAGCGCCUGGACUCUGCCAUGAGGGAGUUGAGAUGCGCGGGAUGGUAUUGGGGAAGCAUGAGUGUUGCAGAAGCAAAGGAAAGAUUACAAGAUGCAUCUGAAGGGACUUUCUUGGUCAGAGACAGCUCUCACUCAGAGUAUUUACUUACUAUUUCAGUCAAAACCUCAGUAGGUCCUACCAAUUUACGAAUAGAAUUUCAAGGUGGUAAAUUCCGUCUGGAUUCUGUUAUAUGCAUCCGAUCAAGGCUCCAGCAAUUUGACAGUGUGGUUCACCUAAUUGAAUAUUAUGUCCUUAUGUGCAAGGACAGAAGAAUGGUCUCCGAAAUACCUUCCAAUGGAACAGUCCAUCUUUAUUUGAAUAAACCUCUCUAUCAUUCAACACUGUCUCUACAGCAUCAGUGUAGAGUAGCAAUAAACAGAUACACAAGUAAAAUCCAGGAACUUCCAUUACCAACAAGAUUGAAGGAAUUCUUACAGGAAUAUCGAUAUCGGGUAUAAGCAUCUACUCAGCCUCAUUUUAAGAAAACAGGUCCUGAAUAUGAUUUGUGAGAAAUCAAAAUCGCCAGCUGCAUGAACGUAUUGUAUAGGUCACUGUGAAAAUGGUAUGUUAUUGUGUAUGUUUGUGGACUUUAAUAGAGGACUUGGAUUUAGCAUUUAAAACUUUGGUGCUCAGUAAACUUCCUGAUGCUAUUAGAAUUACAAGCUGAGGGGGAAAGUGUUUCAUUGGGAACAAGUGCCUACAAAAGAAGGGUUCAUUGCUCUUUGAUACCUAUGCACUAACUUUGUUCUUACAAUAAAUGAGGCAUUUUGUAAGAAACCCAUCUUAUAAAAUAUUACUAAAUCCAAAUCCAAAUGAUAUGGCUGCCCUUCCAAAUAACUUCUGAAUAAUAUGGACCAGUCAAUGAUACCAUGGCUACCUUAAAAUAAUCUAUGGUCCUCAUUCUGAGAACCUAUUGCAUUCAUCGGUAUUUUGAAAGAUUAGGAAAGAUUCCUAGUGACCAUUUACAGUUGAAUGCUCCCCUCAUAUCAGAAGGGCUAAGGGGAGGAUAGGCAUCUGGAUUUUAGUAGCAAAUGACUUACAACUCUGCAAUUAGGUCACUGUAAACUUUUUGUGAAGUUACAAAGGGAACAUGCAUACAUUUUGGGCAAUAAAUUUCCAGCUAGCAUAAAAGACUGGCUGGUGAGAUUCACUGUUUCAGAUUAGAUCAGUCUAAUGCUCCUGAUUAUGUAUUUUGCACAUUCUUAAUUAUAAUUUACAUAUUAACAAAUGGCAAGCUUUUAUUUUCUAAUAUUAUAGCACUUGAGUGUUUUCUCACUAAAAACUUACCUAGCAGUUCUUCCUGAUUAUGAAUACAUGAAUAUUUUGGGGGGCGGGGGAGAGAUGCUUUCAAGUCCAUGUUGACUCUUCUCAAUUACCUUCGACAAGUCCUGCAGUUUCCUUGGCAAAUUUUUUGGGAAAUAGUUUGCUAUUGUCUGCUUCCUAAAGCUGGGAAAAAGAGAGAGAGAGACUGACCGAAGAUCACCAGUUGGUUUCUUGCCUAAGAUGGGACUAGAAUUUAUAAUCUCCUGAUUUCUAGCCUUAUGCCUUAACCACUACAUCAUUCUGGUGCUAUUAUAAAAGCUAUAGUUUUCUUCAUUUUUACUCAGAAUGUAAGUUUAGCAUUAUAGCAAAGGCCUAUUUGAACAGUCAAAAUGGGACUGGAUUUCUAGAUAAGAUGGUAGGCAGGCACACAUAAACUCUGAACAUUCUGGGGAGCUCUAGCAGUCUCCUUCGUACACUUAGAUCCCAUGGCUACACAAGCCCCACCCCAAGCCUUCAGUAUAGUCUCCACAAAGCCUCCCUAAAUGAUAACUUUCAUCUAAGAGAAAGAGAAAUAUGGUAUAUGUGGAAAGUAACCAUGUCAGACCAGAAACAGCCCAUGAAGUAGGUGUGUGGGAGAGAGAUGUGUGAAAUCAAUUAUUCCUAAUUUAAGGCAAUGUAAUUAAAAUCUUAUUCCAAAGCAAAGGUCAUAUUAUUCCUCUUACAGGGACUCUGAAUAAAUUGAGGUAAUGUACCAUUAUAUGUGUUAGCACAGAGUUUUCUUUCUAGAUCCAUAACAGUAAUAGGUCCCUUGAAAGAAGCUUUAUAAACAUCUAGACUGCAGUCUUGAGUUGUUUCCAUCCAAAACAAUGGUAAAUAUGACUUAACUUCUACAAUGUAGAAUUUUAUUAGUGUUCUUAUUUCCUUGAAAUGCAAGUAAUUUUGCUUUUAAAAAAUAUUAUUCAUAUAUACCUCUCCUAUUUCAGACAGUACUCAGUAAAUCAAAUUGUAGUGCCCUUAUGCUCAUAAUGUGUUUCUGUGUUCAAAUGGACCUUUCAGAACUACACAAGCAAUAUUUGUGUAUGACUUUAUGUCAUUUCCAGAAGAGAAAAAAUUAUGGCACCAAGUGUAUUCAUACUGACAUUUAGUUUAGUGAUAACUAAUAAAAUAGCUCUAAAAUUCCUCUCCUACACAUUGCUUCAACACUCUUAAUACUAUUCAAGCUAAUAGCCUCAACAUCUUAUUCUUAAUCCCAUAUAAUUAUUCGUCGUGCAAAAAAGGAUUUCAUUUAUUCUGUCCUGAAGGACUUGACUUUUAAUAAUAUGGGCAGAAAAAUAUCCACUUUCUUUAUGUUUUAGAUAGAUAAGUUCUCAACAGUUGGUGGAUGCAGUCAUAGAAACUUUUUGAAGUUUAAUUUUAAAGUUGGUAUUCUGUUUAUUCAAAAACCCAUCUGGGGAUGCAAAGAGCCAGGUGCGCAUUAGGAGCUAAAUUUAGGCAGAGAUACACUGAUAUUCAUGUCUAGAAAUUGAGGCCAUGUUCACAUGAUUAUUUGCAAAAUUAUCUUGUAUAGAUACAUUUGUUGCUGUGGGAACAACAAAAAUUGAGGUAUCCAGUGAAAUGUUUCUUUUACAUCCACUUUGUUCUCAUUGCCUUUUUGGUAUAUUCAGAACAAAUAUGCUAAAAUUAUUCCACAUGUUGCUGCACAUUAUAUGUUGCUUGUAGGUGGAUGUUGGAGGAUUAAGAUGUUAUUACACUGAAUGUGGGACCAAUUUCUUCAUCCCCUUUUUUCUUACAAAGACUUAAAGAAUCUAAAUAAAAUAAAUUAGUCCAUUGAGAGAGAGGGAGGGAGAGAAAGAGAGGGAGGGAGGAAGAGAGGUAGAAGUUGAGAGAUGAAGUUGGUCUCUAUAGCACAUAUGUCAUCUCUGGACCACCCAUCAAAACAUUUUGAUUUGGUUCAGUGAACUGCAGUGGAACUCUGGAAAUAGCAAAUGGGAUGCUGGGAUAUUGCAACUGGCCUCAGAUUGUCCAUUGAUAUAGCAAUGUAUAUUUCAUUGCAAAGUCUCCUGUUUCUAAUCUUUUCAACUGCGUGUUGAAUUACAAGUGGAAGAAUAUAACACCUCAUAUUCUUCCUUGGUUUCUAUAAUGCUAAGAUGAGAUAUUUUCUAGUCUUUGGUAGUAGUGACUCAAAAGUACUGUGAACUCCAACACAUGGGGCUGACUGUCAUGCCAUGAUAAUCAAGUGAUUGCUUUUGGUGUACUAUAAUGUGUAGCCCUGCUCAAUAUGUAGAUUAGAAUGCUGUGGCUGAUUAAAUAGUGUUUUAAACUAUCCUGGCUUCGUAUUUGUAUGAACUAUCUAAGGUUAUUUCCAUACUAGCUUGGUGUCAUUACGUUGAAACUAUCUUUAUUUUACUACCAUUGUGAGAUUCUAUUGAAAGGUGUUGGAUAAGUUAGAUGUGUUUCUAAAGAGACAACAUGGCUUCACUUUUUUGUCACCUUUAGCCUGAAGUUGUGAAUGGAUGUCAAUUGCAAUCUAAAUUUAGCUCUAACAGAUCAUGCUAGUGUACAUAUUUUUUGAAAAUUAAGCAUCAACAUAAUUUAGUUUAUGUUAUAAUCUAAAGAAUUCAGGAUGCUUAGUACUAUAAUUUCUUUAUCAAAUAAAAAGCAUUUGAAACAUUAAAGAUGAUCACCAUUAAAUAUUUUGGCAUUCCCAAUAGUUAAACUAUCUUUUGAUAAUAGAUUAGUUACAGUAGAACUUUUCCUCCAACUUGAGGGAACAACUCUAAAUAUGUACUGAUGAAGCAAAUAUAAUUCACUGCCAUAAAAUGUAUUCCCAUACAAUAUAUAUAAAAUCAAUCUAUAAAUCUCUUCAUGUAUUACACUAAAAUAUGGUUUUGCUUAACUAUGGUUAUGGUUACAAAAAACAUAAUUUACCUUGUGACUCAGUGUGACAUUGAAUUCGAUCUAUUUUAUUUAAAUUCUAAGAUAUUCAGUAAAUAUCCAUUAAUGUUAGUUAUUAAUGUAACUACAUUAAAAGUGUCCUGAAAAAUAUUAUAUUUAAUUGCAGGAAGCAAUAUAUCUUAUUGUUCAAUCAACUUUUACAUAUUUCAAGUUAAUGUAUAAAUACUGAUUAGUUCAAUUGCUGUACUUCAUGUGAAAAAUGCUUUUACCUGUUCUGUUAUAUAAAGUACCAUAUUAAAACACUUUUGAUACAAAUGUGAAAGAUAUAUUAUUUUAUUCUUAGCAACUUAGCAACAGCAGGUUGCUACCAAGUCUAAUUUUGGUUCUUGUCUAGAAAAUAAAAAUAUUGUACUCUUACUCAUUUUAAAGAAUACAUAA